AUGACUCCCAGGCUUAACAGAAGGUUACUGUCAAUCCAAGGAGGCCUCCUAAACAAUCCCAUUGGAAGCAUUGCACGAUUUAGAAUAAAACAGACGUGUGCUAGGCAAAAUGAAAGUGAAGAAAGGCAGAAAAGUUCCUCAUUUGAGAAUUUUCCAAACCACACUUUUAUGUAUCCCAAGCAAGGGGAAGGUUCCACAAAUGGCAUUCACCAAUACAGAAGAAACAGCUGCAUCGUUGGCAGCACAUCCGAAGUUAGGCUAGGAGGAAGCUUAUUCUCCUGCCAAGAUAAGAAAUAUUUCAGUGGAAGAAGUGGAGGAUUAAAAAGAAGGAAGAAAAGAAAAGAUGAAAGAGUUAUAAAUACCUGUGCAGGAAAAAGGCUGGAAUUUUUUUAUCCCAAAAAAAAGAGAAGACAACGAAUUGGGCUAAUUCAAAAUAGCAGAAAAAAUAUAGUUUACGAUAAUGUGUUGAAAAGGUUCCUAGUUUAUUAUUACAAACAAGGCAUUCAAGUGUUUAGAAGUUUCAGCUGCAAGAAGAAAAGAAACUUCGAGUCAGCCAGGAACAAAGCUAUAAUCCUCUCAAAACAGUACAACAAAAAGUAUAGCAAACAAAUCGAUAAGGAAAAAGGGGCUAACAAAACACCCCUUAAUAUCAAUGACAGCAGCAAUUUGAGUGCAAAAUAUGAUCACAAUGUUACAAGAAAUGUAAAAAUUGUUCCUGAUAAAAAUAAAAGUGGAUAUAGGGGCGUCUUUUACGACUCCUCUGAGCAUGCUUACAUUUGCGUCUAUAACGAGGCGGGCAUAAGAAAAUUUCAAAUUUUUAAAAUUCAAAAUAACGAUUAUUUGGAGGCGUACAAUUUAGCCGUCAUGUGUCGACGCUACAAGCUUUUUAAAAACUUUCAAUUCGUUUCACAGCGAAAUCGAAUACGCAGUGGGCGCAUACAUCUUAAGUGA